AUGGUUGACGUUCCCGAGCACCUCCAUCUGCUGCUCGAACUCCCUCUUCCCGGCGGCCACGUCCUUGAGCCUCUUCACCACCACCGUCGUGCCUUCCUCCAGCACCGCCUUGUAGCUUGUGCCCACGCUCCCUUUCCCCAGCACCUCCGCCGACGCCCUCAACAGGUCCUCCAGGUCGAAACUGUAACCCCCGCCCGGAAAAAACACCAGCUUUCGUCCUUCGACGACGACGUCCCGGCGUCCCCCGCCGCACCGCCGCCGGCCGCCGCGGCCGCCGCGGCCACCGGUUUCUGGGAUUUGGGGGCGUCCGUCCGCCCCCUCUUCCUCCUCUUGACGACGAUGAAGGCGAUGGCCAGCAGGAGGAGGAGCGCGAGGAGACCGCCGGCGACUGAUAUUCCGGCAAUGGCGCCGGCCGAGAGCCUCCGGCCACCUCCCCCGGCCGGGGCGGUUCCCGCCGGAGGGCCGAGGGACGGAGAUGGGGUGGGAGAAGGGAAGAAAGGGCGGGUGCAGGGGGGCAGAGGGCCCCCGCAGACGGAGGCUGAGGACUCGGAGCUGGCUGAGUCGACUCAGAGAGUUGGCCGGAAUCUGGCCGACGAGCCCCACCCCGGGGAGCCUGAGGGAGAAGACGGAGGUGUUGGCGGAGUCGCACGCUACGCCCACCCACUCGCAGGUGGGGACGGACUCGUUCCAACUGAGGCGGCUCUCGUGCGGGACAUGCGAGAGGAAAGAGAGAAGCGCCUGCCUGUCCCCACUCAGAUCCGAGUUGACUCGCUCGUGACACAGUAG